UCUAAUUAACUAGAGAAUAGAAAAUUAAUCAACUUUUUAUCUUUAAUCAAGUGAAUUAAAGUAGAUUAAACGUCAAUCAAACUAUUACAUAGUUUCAACUGUUUUGAUUGUUUCAAAAAACUGUGCAAUUGUGAUAUAUUAUAUUAUCAGUUUCUAUAGAUUAUGAUAACAGUUCUUGGCGAGACCAGGUAUUUAUACCUAUAAAUCCAAUAUUUAUCAUAUUUAUCAUGACUUUUUGUUAUUUUGAAACAAUUUCAUAAUCGUUUUAAAAGCUAUGUUGAUUAGCAAUUAUUUAGACAUAUAAAAACCUCACUUUUCUUCAACGAUUGAUAUCUCCUUAGAUCGAUAAGUUGCUGAGAGACAGAAAAUUCAAACCAAACUGGAUUAAUUUCAAUCAUUUGCUGCAACAAACUGUCAACAUGAUAACCACUUUUCAUCACUUCGAUAGACUCUAAGUCAGCAACAUCAACACCAUUCACUUCAUUUUCUCUCAUUUCUGAUCUAUUAUCAGGUGAUUUUUUGAGCAAAACCAAGUGACCAGAAAAUUUCUAAAAGAAUCCGUAUGGAUGAAAAACGCAUUUGUGAUUAUUUCGUGGUUGCUGGUAUUCCAACUAUUCAAACGGCUGCAGCACCAGUAUUUUCUCAAGAAAACUCUAGCUCUUUAUCAAGUCCAAUCGGGUCAUCUGGCACUGGCCUACCUCCCAUUACUGAUAUAACUGUGAUAAUCGCAAGCCAAGGGGAAACUGUACCCGAGGGCUACACAUGUAUUGAAACCACACCAUUAGGAUUUUCAGCUGAUCUCAACCAUGGAAGCCUUCGUACUGAAACUAUUUUUCUCUGUUAUAAAAGAGGUACAGACAAAUCACCUUUGGUUGACAUCGGGGUUCUUUAUGAGGCCAAGGAACGGGUCAUGUCGGACAGUGAGGUUGUUUAUUUUACGCCCUCUGGUAAAGUCGCUAAUGUGAACAAUGGUACUUCAAGAACAUUUUUAACAUAUCGAAGAGCAAAGGAAAAUGCUCCUUGUAAUCAAUUAGUUGUUAUCGAUAUUUGUGUUGUUCUCGCCAAUAAGGGUGAAACUCCACCUCACGCUUAUUGUCAGAUUAACAAGAACUUGAAUAAGGGUAUCAUUGGAAGCGAUGUAUUUAUAUGUUAUAAAAAAUCUAUGAAUAGACCACCUCUUUUACGAUAUGAACCAACUAUACUCGACCGAUUUCCUUUGGUUGAUUACGACUGUUACUCGUUACCACAAUCAAUACCUUUGUUUUGUAUGCCAAUGGGAGCAACGGUUGAAUGUUGGCCGAAAAAGUGUCAACAACCUCGUCCACUUUUCUCAACUUUUGUUCUAACCUCUGAUGCUGCUGUUAAAGUCUAUGGAGCUGCAAUAACUUUUUACGAGAAAUUCAAUGAGGAUCUUUUGAAUGAGGAUGAAAAGUCUCGACUCGAUUUCGUUUCCAUUGAAGACAAAGCAAACAAAUCACUUAAUUCUGUUAAAUCGAUAUGCAUUUUAUCUCGUUGGCCUUUCUUCGAACCCUUCGAAAAAUUUCUCUCUUUUUUAUAUCACAUGACAUGCUCACCUAAUGUUGAACAUAAUUUACCCAUUGAAAGAUAUAUUUCUCAUUUCUUGUUGGAUGUGCCAUUUCCAUCAUUUCAAAGACCCAAGAUUCAAGUUCAAUUAGGAAAUUCUACUGAUGAAACUGCUCUACUUUCUCAACCAUCGGAAGACCUUCCCUUACCUCUGAGUGGAGCUUCAUUUACAAUAUUUCUUCGUAAUCUUGGACCUGAAAAUAGUAUCACCGUCUUUUUGCUUGUAUUAGCUGAGCAAAAAAUUCUGCUUCAUUCACUGAGACCCGACGUAUUAACAAGCGUCUCUGAAGCAUUGACAUCUCUCGUCUUUCCAUUCCAUUGGCAAUGUCCUUAUAUACCACUUUGCCCUCUCAAUCUUUGUGAUGUUCUCAAUGCACCUUUGCCCUUCAUUGUUGGUGUUGAUUCACGUUACUUUGACAUGUACGAGUUACCAUUGGAUGUGGCCUGUGUUGAUUUAGACACCAAUUCAAUUUACAUAUCCGAGCAUAAGAAGAUUCUCAAUAUAAAACUGUUACCCAAAAGACCCACUCGAGUGCUUCGCAAUACAUUGGAAAAACUUUAUACAAAGUUACUUAAGCCCAGCUCAAGAUCUAAUAGUCAUACUUAUAAUCCUCAAUCUAAAUCGAGAAAUUCAACUUCACCCUUUUCACAUGAUGUUAUGGCUGCUCGAAAACGUGAAACAAUGAUUGAUCUGGAAAUACAAGAAAUUUUCGUCAAAUUUAUGGCCUCGAUUUUAAAAAGUUUUCGUGGUUAUUUAAGACCAAUCACAAGAGCCCCAACAAUUGGAACUACAGAUCCAAACUCAUUGUUUGAUUUUCAGGGAUUCAUCAAGUCUCGAGACAAGAAUCAUCAACAAUUUUAUCAUAUAAUGAUGAGAACUCAAAUGUUCACUCGAUUCAUCGAAGAGCGUUCAUUUGUUAGUGAUAAAAACGCAAGUCUUGCUUUCUUCGAUGAGUGUUUGGAUAGAAUUGAAGCUCAUGGGGAUCUAGAAGAUGCACUUAAGAUUCAUCUGCUGGACAUCGAUGAAUCUUCUCACAAUGACCGAACAGUAUUCAUUCCCGCCCCUGAACCAGUAUCAGAAAAGAGUUAUUUAUAUUCCUGUUUUCCCACUCUCGAUAUUUCAUUAUUCCAUAGACAUCCAAUAUUGACAAAAAAGUCUUAUGAUCAAGAUACAGUUGAUGCUUCUAACCUUUCACGCACUGGAUCAACAGUCGGUUUAACCAGUCCAAUGUCUCGAAGAACUAAACAAGAGAUUCGAAGUGCUCAAAGAAUCGCUCGUCAUCAUUCAGAAGCUCCACUGACUUGGGCCAAAUGUCUUGUUAGUUAUUGUUACAGUUUAUGGUUCAUUCAUCUCCCAUCAUUUGUUGAAGCAAACAUUUCUGGCAUGACGAAAGCAAAACAGUUGAGAAUCGCAUAUUCUGUCCUUGAAAGGAUGCAAGCUUUGAAUCUUCACCCGGUUGAUGAAGUUUGUUACAGAAUACUCAUGCUUUUAUGUGGACUCUACAGUCAACCCAUUCUUGCCGUGAAAGUGCUCACCGAGAUGCGUCGAUGUGGGGUCACUCCUAAUGCAAUCACCUAUGGUCACUACAACAAAGCUGUACUCGAGAGUAAAUGGCCUUCAGGGGAUUCUAGUGCUUCUCUCAUGUGGAAAAAACUUCGCAAUGUCAUUUUAGGAGUAUCUGAAUUCAGAAGAUGUGGUAAAUCUGCUCAAUCUCGUUCAGGGGUUUACCAGACAAUCAAAGAAGGUUUUUCAAGUCCGAUAGAAGAAGUCAAUUCACAAAGUCAGAAUCUGAACUCUCUCGAAAAAGCAGCCUCUAAUCAAUCAGAUGCUGGUUAUGGGUCAUCAUUCAAUAAUGCUGAAAUAGAUUUAGAUGGUGCAAAUAAAAAAUCAACUGGAAAAAGUUCUAAAACAUCAACUAUGGUGGAUAUGAAACUCAACCAAAGUUUGAGUGAAUUCCGUACUAGAACUCGUAGCAUUGUUCGUAAUUCAUCUAGUCUUUCUUGCUUCGAGGAUUACAAUAGUUCUGCUGGUGUUUUGAUGACAAGUUUAACUUCUAAUAAGGAUUCUUUCAAUGGUUUAACGAUGAAAGAUUAUCGAGUAAUUAGAAAAAGACACAAAAGUGAGGAUCAAAAUCAGCCUUCUCCUGUUUCACCUUUAUCAAAUUCUAAUCCGUGUACUUGUGAACCAAUUAAAUGCCCAACAAAACCAUCUUACUUUAGAUCGUUCAGUUUUGGCAAUGAUGCAAAAAUCAUUCAAAAUAUAAGAGAAGGGACAAUUGAAGCAUUAAAAGAAAUGGAAAAAGGUUGUGAUCCAUUAAAUCAGAUUCUCACUAAAUCAUUAAAUGACGAUGGAACUGGAGAGAAAUCAUCAGGAGUCAUUUCUACUAACAUUGGCUCAUCUCUUACUGAUAAAUGUCGUCUUGCAACUUGCACAGAAUUGCCUGAAGAAGAUGUAGUUUGUAAUGGAAAUCAAUCAGGUAAUCAAACACCAGAUUCACAGGCAUCUCAACAAACGUCAUCUAAAUCAGGUUCAAGAGAUGGAACAGAGGAGGAAGAACAAGAAGAAUCUGGAAGUGAAAGUGAUAUGGAUAGUGAUGAAGAAACAGAAAAUCUAUUUUCUUUAAGUCCAAUCAAAGAUCAUAUCAUGAAUAUGAGCAUUUUCUCCCCUGAAGGACGAGUAGCUUCAACUUUGCGUUCUAGUUUUCGCCUCGCCACUCGCCUGGCUGUUGGCCCUACAUCAGCAUCUAAAUCUGUACCGCCCAUAACUCGCAGCUCCACAUUUCAUGCCAAUUCAUCUGGUGGUUUGGUCCGCCAAAAGCUCAGCAAUAAGUUCAACAGUUUGUUCAAAACAAAAAGUGAAGAUACUGAUCAGAUUGAUGCAAGUACUAAACCGUCUUUGGCUCGCUCAGCAACUCUACCAUCAUCAUCUCUUGAUGUUCUUCCUUCUAUUACUCCGAACAUUGAGAGUAAAGAGAAAGUUUCAUCGACAAAUAAUUUGUCCGAUGAAAAUGAUGACAAAUCUUACUUGAACAGUCUGAGUUCGCCUUGGACAGCUAAGUUAACCUCUUCUAAGCAUCUCGAACUUGUCAAUUCGACAAUCAAAUCCGCUGCCAGUACAAUGGCAAAUCGUUUUACAGGAAUUAAGAAUACUCUCGCUUCUUCAGCAACAAAUUCACCGUCCAAAGUAUUUAAAGAUAAUUCUUAUUCUUCUGGGGUCAGUGGUCCGGCCCUUUUACUUUCCCAAUUCGCUAGUCUAGUUGCCGAAAAGAUUCCCGCCAAUUUUGGUUACGAUGAUGAAGACAGUCAAAGUUUGCGAUCUCUCGAUUUCAAACGACUCAGUAUUGCCGAUAGUGCUGAUGAUCUUAGUGAAAGAUCAAGAGAAGGAAGUCUCGGAAGGAAUUUGGUUGGAUUCGGUUUCACUCAUCAAAAUACAAAUGUUUGUCCUCCUCUUUUUGAGACAAUCGAAAAGCAUUAUCAUGAGAAAUUGAUUCCAAGUGACAAUUCGCUUCCUGUUGUUGACAUAGAAAUUACUUCUUGUUGUCGGUGUUUAAGCUGCUCUGCUAUUCUUUAUGAUGAAGAAAUCAUGGAAUCAUGGUCAGCUGAUGAUUCUAAUUUGAACACCCAAUGCUGCUUUUGUAACUCUCGUUUCGUCCCUCUAUUAACUAUAACUUUAAAAUUUACAUCGAACUAUGAAAUGAUGGAACCCUCCACUGUCCCAUAUCUAAGUCCAACAGUAUUAAGAAAAGAGUUUGAAAAUGUUCUCGAAAGUGAAGGAGAUAAUUGCGUUCUCAAACCUCAAUUUGUUGAUGAUCAUCCAAUUAUUUAUUGGAAUCUUCUUUGGUAUUUCGAACGGAUCAAUUUACCAUCACAUAUCUCGGGACUUUGUCUUCAAUCGUCCUUGUUAAUGAGCAAAGAGCGAGACGAUUAUUGGAAUAGUCUAGAUUUUCGUAAUGUCAAAGUUCAUUGUAUUUGGGACAAUCCUAAGCUUCAUAAAGAAUUCGAGCAUCCAAUGUACGGACUUUGGCAAGAUACAAAUGCGGACCAUUCUUCAUUACUUCAUGCAUUAGUUACUGAUGAAAGGAAAAUCAGGAAAAGUCUGAUGAAUCAAAUAAUCAAAUCUUUACAGUGUAAUGACAUGAUUAGUGCUAUGAACGUCCUGGUCAAUGAGAGACUUAAAAAAGGCUCGAAUGGUAAUAUAAAGCACUUCAGCAUGUAUCGGGAUCUUCUUUAUUUAUCUUUCGUUGCUAUGGGCCGAGAGAAUAUCGAUCAAAAUCACUUUGACCGAGAGUAUCGCCGAGCUCAUGAGACAUUAAACUUAAAGAGACCGAACAUCUUGACAGAAGUAGACCGACCACCGUCUUUGAAAGCGAUCUUUUGUCGGCGUAUAUACAAAGAGCUUGAGCUAAAGAAAUUCGAAAAUGAUGGUCAGAAAGCAAAUCUCUCACCGAUCUCAGCUUAUCCUCCAAACUUGGGCCUAUCAUGAAAAACAACCGUAUCAAUGUGGCAUUGUAAAACUCAUCGAUUGUGACAGACAAAUAGAUCACCGUUCAAAUGCACAAUGAAUUCGCAGUCAAUACAAAUCAAAGAAAAUCAAAUAACUGCAUGAUGGAUUAAUAAUAAAUGAUUCAAUUGUCUUUUGAUUAUCACAAUCCUAUCCAUUCUCUCAGGAGUACUUGCAAUCAAAAUGAUCUAUUGUAAAAGUAAUUUUAUACAUAAGUUACAAGCACUUGAUUUUAUCAAAUGAAAAUUAUUUUAGUGUUUAA